UUAUGAAAUCGAAUUCCGGCGUCCAUGCUGGAAAACACCACAUGUGUCUACUAGCCAAGUAGACUGCUCGCUAAUAACAUUUGACAACCAAUGAACACAAUUAUAGUUUAAUUUUUGAAUAAGGCCCCUGUUUACUUUAUGAGAAUAUGGAUUCGUUUAUGCCUGUCGUUAAAAAAUGCAAAAAAAAGUCGAAGAGGACUUUGGAUAAUGUCUUGGAGCCUGUGAAUUUUAAACAAGAGGAAAUAAAACGUAAAAAACACACACGUUUAAUAAAGGUACUUGGUGAAGAAGAUGAAUCCGUAAAGCUUCUCGAAGAUCUCGUUUUUGGCGCCGAGGAAGAACUGGUAGAACGUCUUGGAGUGGGGAGUGAGGAAGACAGCAGUGCCGAAGCUUCAGGAGACUCGGAGCCAGAGGCUGAGUCUCGUCUUCAGUGUCCUGCAGAAAGAAAAGCUGUGUGGGAGGAUGAAGACGAUGGUGUGAUUGAAGAGGUCGACAUGACACAGCGGUUUCGUGAAGACCUUAAGAAGAGCGAUGCAGAAUCCAGAAUGACCAAUCAGAAGCUCCAGCAGCGACUGAAAGAGCAGUUCCAGAAAGCAAUGGGUGGAACUCCAUCUUGGGCUGACAGCAGUUUAAGGAAAAGUAAGAAAAAAAGAGAUAAUGAAGAGGAGGAGGGUGAUGAAGAAGAGGAUGAUGAGGACACAGAGAUAUUAAGAAAGACUGGCAACUACGUUGGCACAUCUACAAGCCUUCCUAAAGGGAUUAUUAAGCUGAAAAAGUGCCUCAACGCCAACAACGAGAAGCCGGGUGAGGACCGGCUCACCACUGUGCAGUUCCACCCCUCUGCUCAGGUCAUCAUGACAGCAGGAUUGGAUCACUCCAUCUCCCUCUUCCAGGUUGAUGGGAAAAGUAACCCCAAGAUCCAAAGCAUCCACUUGGAGAAAUUUCCAGUGAAUAAGGCCUGCUUCAGUGCCAAUGGUGAGCAGGUGGUUGCCACUGGCAUGAGGAACAAGCUCUUCUACAUCUAUGACAUGAUGGAGGGGAAAGUUCUCCCUGUUCCCUCUGUUCAGGGCCUGAAUGAGCAGAGGGUGAAGGAGUUUGAGGUUUCUCCAGACAACGAGUUUCUCCUGCUCACCGGUUCCUCUGGCUUCCUCCAUCUCAUGACUAUGAAGACAAAGGAGGUGGUCCGAAGCAUGAAGCUGAACGGCAACGUGUGCGCCACAGCAUUUACCGCCGAUGGCGGCAAAGUAUUCGCCCACUCAGAGGAAGGUGAGGUGUAUGUUUGGGACGUGCGGAGCAGUAAAUGCCUGAAUCGCUUUGUGGACGAUGGCUGUGUGAGGGGGACGUCUCUCGCUGUGUCCAGGGAAGGCCUGUAUGUGGCCUGUGGCUCUCAGUCUGGUGUGGUGAACAUCUACUCCCAGAAGGCCUGUCUGCAGGACCCUGCUCCCAAACCACUCAAAGCUGUGAUGAACCUGCUAACUCCUGCCACCUCACUGCGCUUCAACCCCACCUCAGAGAUUUUAGCCAUCGCCUCCCGUGCCGCUGAUGAAGCUACCCGGCUGGUCCACAUUCCAAGCUUUACAGUUUUCUCCAACUUCCCAAUGUUCCGGAGGAAGACUAUCUACCGAGCACACUGCCUCGACUUCUCUCCCAACAGUGGCUUCUACUCAGUGGCCAACAACAAAGGCCAUGCUGUUCUGUUCAGACUGCUGCAUUAUAAAGACUUCUGAAGAAGUGCAUAGCACCACAGGACCUUCUGUCUCCUGGAAAUGAUUUAAGGGCUCUAAUUUUACACAAUAAUCAGAAGUAGCUUACACACACAAUACAGAGUUGCUGGAACUGGCAAAACCUACUUUUAAUUAAAAUCUAUAACUUUGCCUUUAAGAAUCUGAUUUCAUACAGUUGUUUAACUGUUCGAAUAAAGCAGAGCAAGAAUACAAAAUACA